GCCGGCCGCCGGGCCCCCCCCCCCCCUCCGCCCCGCGGUCCUCCUUCCCGGACGGCUCUGGAAGGCCUGCGGCGCAUGGGGCCCGUGGCGCUGCCCGCCUGGCUGCAGCCCAGGUAUAGGAAGAAUGCCUAUCUUUUCGCCUAUUACUUAAUCCAGUUCUGUGGCCACUCAUGGAUAUUUACAAAUAUGACAGUCCGAUUCUUUUCAUUUGGAAAAGAUUCAAUGGUUGACACUUUUUAUGCUAUUGGACUUGUGAUGAGACUUUGCCAAUCCAUUUCUCUCCUGGAGUUGCUGCACAUAUAUGUUGGCAUUGAAUCAAACCAUCUUCUCCCAAGGCUUUUGCAGCUCACAGAGAGAAUAAUCAUCCUUUUUGUGGUGAUCACCAGUCAAGAGGAAGUUCAAGAGAAAUAUGUGGUGUGUGUUCUAUUCAUCUUUUGGAAUCUAUUGGAUAUGGUUAGGUAUACUUAUAGCAUGUUAUCAGUCAUAGGAAUAUCAUAUGCUAUCUUGACGUGGCUCAGUCAAACCCUGUGGAUGCCCAUUUAUCCUCUGUGUGUUCUCGCUGAAGCAUUUGCCAUCUAUCAGUCACUGCCUUAUUUUGAAUCAUUUGGAACUUACUCUACCAAGCUGCCCUUUGACUUAUCUAUCUAUUUCCCAUAUGUGUUGAAAAUAUAUCUCAUGAUGCUCUUUAUAGGCAUGUAUUUUACCUACAGCCAUCUUUACUCAGAAAGAAGAGAUAUCCUCAGAAUCUUUCCCAUUAAAAAGAAGAAAAUGUGAAGUACAGCAUUCUGAUGUGACAUGAGAAGAGACAGGCUCGUGGAUUCAGCUGCAGUAAAUGCAACACAGGAAGUAUUCUGGUGGAAAAAUACCUAGUGUUUGACAAAAACCCAUGACAUAAAACGAUUGCACAUACUCCCCAAACUGCAGACAUUCCACAGCAAACUAUGCUUUUCACACAUUGUAUUUUCAAGACAUACAUACUCUGCAUACCCUGCUUCACCAAAGUCAUGGAUUUAUAUAAGUUGCACUUAUAUUAUGUGCAGUCUGAUUCUUUUUCGCAAGGUUAAUAAGAAAUAGGAGAUUAAUUGGUAUAGAUUCAAUUAAAUUGGAAAACCAAACUUGA